CAGUGGAGAGCAGUCGGGUGAGAUGCUCUGACAGAUAAUCUUCGUGAUUGUGCAGGCAAGGCAACAGCUGUCAGUCAGAGCGAGACCCCCUCCUCUCAUCACGGCUCGCGCUGCGCGUGCACACAGUGCGCAUGACCGUCCAGAGCGAACCGCACGGACGAGGGAAAUUUAAAAAACGGUUUUUUCGUGCGGGACAACAAGUGCCCCGACCAACACUAGAGCUUUCCUCUGUCUCGUUAUCAAAGAUUUUCUAUAUCCCAGAACAACAUCAUAACAAACAGAUGAUUGAAAGUGGAAUUACAACCAGGAUGUCGGGAAUUCAUGAAAACCCCGGACAGAGUCACCACACCUCCGCACAAGACUACAGACUCCUGACUACAGACCCUUCACAGCUGAAGGACGAGCUGCCUGGUGAUCUUCAGUCUCUGUCCUGGCUCACCUCUGUGGAUGUUCCCCGACUGCAACAGAUUGGGGGUGGACGGCCAGAUUUCACCAGCUCUGCUCAAAGCAGCCUACUGGAGCGACAGUCAGCUCAGUUGAACAGCAUGACGGUAGCAGGAGGAGCAGGAUCUGCGAUUCAUCUACAGAGUGAAAUGCAGCACAGCCCUCUGGCCAUCAACAGCAUGCCCCAGUUUUCCCCUGGGUUUCCAUGUGCCGCAUCAGUGUACCAGACGGCUCCUCAGCAGGUGCUCACUUUCACCCAAGCAAACCAACAGUGUUCACCUGGUGGACUGUAUGGAAACUACAACAGCCAGAAUUUGUUUCCUCAACCCCGGAUUACUGCUCACAGCCAGGACCUGCAGCCCAAGUCCUUCCCCAAGCCCAUCUACUCUUACAGCUGUCUUAUUGCCAUGGCUUUGAAGAACAGCAAAACAGGCAGUCUUCCAGUUAGCGAGAUCUACAGUUUUAUGAAAGAGCACUUCCCUUACUUCAAGACAGCACCUGACGGAUGGAAGAACUCUGUUCGACACAACUUGUCCUUGAACAAGUGCUUCGAGAAGGUGGAGAAUAAGAUGAGCGGCUCCUCAAGAAAGGGAUGUCUUUGGGCGCUCAAUCCAGCGAAGAUUGACAAGAUGGAGGAAGAAAUGCAGAAAUGGAAACGCAAAGAUCUUCCAGCCAUCCGUCGCAGCAUGGCCAAUCCAGAUGAGUUAGACAAACUCAUCACAGACAGACCAGAGAGCUGCAGACAGAAGUCUAUUGACCCUGGCAUGACCCGCCUGCCUAGCUGCCCACCAGGGCCGACCCUACCACUAGCAGCUCAAAUGCAGCCACAGCCAGUGGUCACUCUGUCUCUGCAGUGCCUCCCCAUGCACCAGCACCUUCAGCUGCAGCUCCAGAAUCAGUCUCGCCUGGCACCGUCCUCCCCUGCUCCUGCUCAGACACCCCCUCUCCACACCGUCCCUGACAUGACAAACAGCUCGCUUCCCCAGCAUCCUGCCAAGCAGCACACAGACUUCUACGCGGUUCACACUGACGUCAAUUCAGAGGUGGAUGCACUGGACCCCAGUAUUAUGGACUUUGCCUGGCAAGGAAACCUGUGGGAGGAGAUGAAGGACGACAGCUUUAACCUGGAAGCACUAGGGACUCUCAGUAACUCUCCACUUCGGCUGUCCGACUGUGACCUGGACACCAGCAACGUCACGCCAGUGUCCAGUGCAGGAGGACUGCCUUACCCAGACCUGCAGGUGACAGGCCUCUACUCUUCAUACUCGGCUAUUGAUGCUCUCUCUAACCAGUACAUGAACACACAAGGAGGAACAAAACCUAUCGUUCUGCUUUAAAUGCACUCACAAUGAAUGAAGCAAGCUGAGCUUUACUCCACAGGACCAUCUCUAAAGCUGUUCAAUCCUGGCUUUCGUGGUGUGUCACGAAACUCCAAAACACAUCCUAAAAUCGCAGAUUUCCUACAAGGCAACCAAAAAAAUAAUUAGAAUUUGCCAUGAUCAGUGUAUAUGUGAACUGAAAUGAAUGGAUUUAUGGUGACAUAAAUAAUAAUGACAUUGAACGCAUUAUGUUUAUGAAGUAUUUGGCGAGAGGGAGCAUGAUUUGCAGUAUAUGGGGUGUAAGGAUACUGAUUGCAAUACUUGGAUUGCGACCAAAAUACAGUGUUGCUCUCAUCAUAAACCUAAUGCAAAUUGUGAGUUAACACUAAAGGAACACAGAAAAUAAUCACUAAGAAACAUGACCAUGCGUGUGUUGCCAAGCUUUUUUUCCAUGUACCAUAAUAUAAAACUUUCCCCCUUUCUUUUGUCCAUUUAACUGUUAGUCUUGUAAUUGUAGAUGUGUGUAUUUUUGUUGUACCGUGAUAGACACUGUAU